CACUUCAUAACAAAAGUUUGUACUUCUACAUUCACUGUUGGAUCGCAACCAAUUUCGUUCCGCCGUGAAUGAAGCACCAGGCCCAGGCCUUCGUGUUUAUCGCCUUUAAAUGGCGGAUUAGAAGACGUGAUUGGAGGGCUGUACACGGCCAAUUACCUCUACCGAACAUCAACAAACGAUAAUAUUUUCAUUCCGUUAAUUAUAUUUCAAUUUCUGUGGCCAAAACUUAUCUGGGUUGAUUAUGAUGUAUGACGGUCACUGAACCGCUCUAGACAAUGUAUACAGACAAUGCGCAGUGAUAAAGUGUGUGGAGAGGCUAUGCAUACCGUGUACGUGCAUCACCCGCUCCCACAAACCCAGCAUCAUGUGGACCUUACUCAUCUGCUCUCUCCUCGGCUCUCUCCUCUUACUCCAGAGAGUGACCGUUGCCCAGGACAACAGAUGUUUCCGACUUGAUGGCUCCACGAUGAACAUGGUCGUGUUCGACAACAAUGAGGACAUUUCAACAAGGUUUAAGUACAAGAUGAAGUUUAACACACUGAAGGCGAACGAGCUAUUGUACUAUGUGGAGGGAAACUACACAGAACACAAGCCACACGACUAUGAGAGUCUCUUCAUUCAAAAUGGCAUCCUCCAUUUCUUCGCCUUUAACCCCGCCCCCUACGGAGCAGGACAGUCGUUCGGAAGUCACGUCCAGACUGACUUCACCGUCAAUAACGGAACCUGGGUUGAGGUAGAGUUUUUCCGGAACUUAAACCGUCAGAUAGAAGUGAAUGGACAUGAAGUGGACCAGACCGUCACGGGAAUGGUUGUGGACGGAAGUGACUUUGUAGUGACGGGAACAAGGACGAUGAUGGACCUGAACAAGUAUCUAUGGCUAGGUGGCCACCCCGACAUGGAGAGGCUGAGCUCCACGCUGACCACAUUUGACGGCGAAAUCAAAGACUUUUACGACCUGGAGAGGAACCGUGAAUUUGGCAACCCAAAAGAAAGCUCGAUUUUCGACCGUGAAGCCAUUUGUGUUGAAAUAUAAAACAUUCUUCAUAUUAUUAUGUUUAUGGUAUUUUAGAACGACUAAAAUACGCUUAUUUUUAUCGAACGCGAAUGCUGUGUUCGACGUCAAAUGACGGCCUUAUAGAGACCGAGCCGUUUAAUUGUGUCUGACUGGGGUGAGAAGAGGAGCUAUCACAGGGCCCGACAGGUAUUCCUAUACAACGUUCCAACCGAAUAAAUUCUUUGAUCUGCCAUGCAGUGAUCCGCUCCUCAUUCACCCUUAAAAAGUACAACGAAAUCCAGAAUAUAUGUGAAGGGGAAGUGGGACGGAUCAGAGACGUGCAUGAAACGCAAACACGUGGAGGAAUGCAGCGUAGUGAGAAAGUAAUGGAAAUAAUGAUGACUAUAUACAUAACGUACAUAACCAGAUUGUUUUUGUAAACAUAUGUUUCAAGUAGAUCCCUAGUACUAUACACUCACUCAAUAAAUAUGUUUUUCUUUCCUAUGUCCAACAAAUGUACUGAAAUAUAUUUCCCUUAAUUAACGGCAAUAAAUUCACGGAUCUCGGACAAGAUCAUGGCUACCCAGAGUUUGUCCCCAUGAACCUAUUUCAGCCUUGUUAAAGUCUCGGAUAUUGUAUUGUUGUGGUAGGAGUGUUCAAUCUAUUCAAGCACACGUCAUUUCUUAGUAAACCUAGCAUGGCUAAGCCUACUAUACUACUAAGGUUCUAUAUGAUAAGUGGCACUAUCAGAAAGGAGUGUUGCCGUGUCACGCAUUGAUAAGGUAAGUUCCCCAGGUAUCAGCCAACAAACUAGGUGCGGGAACCAUAGCUUUUAUGUCCGAUUUUUUAUUUUUUUUAUUUUUAUUGUUAUCGGACCAUAGAUAACAAUAAAAUGGUCCGAUAACAAUAAAAAAAAAUAUUUAAAAAAAUCGGACAUAGAAGCUACGGUUCCCGCAGCUACCUACAAACAUACAGAGUAGACAAUAGGCAUGAAUGUAAAUAGUGUAUUUCAUUUAUAUUUUGUUCAUUUACAAUAUAAGUUCUUGUAAAAUAUGCAAUUGGUAUGAAACACGUGUUAAUAUUAUUAGGAUAUGCUGUUAGCUGGAUAUGUAUAUAUUACUAUAUAAUAAAUAUAAGUAGCUUUGUUAUUAUAAUCCACUGAAUUGUUAUAAUAGCGUUACAUGUCAACAAUAUUGUCAUUUGCACCUACCCAUAGAGUCUCGUAUCAAAACCUAUAGUUUUACUGGUCUCCCCUAUAGCGUCUCUUGUCAACAUUAUAAGUAAUUGCUAAAGCGAUCAACCAUACCAUGUCUCUUGCCAAUAACCCCCACAAAGCAGCUCUCGUCAAAAGUAUUGUUGUAGUUGUCUCCCCCACUGGCGUCUCGUCAAUAGUUUAGUUUUGUUAUUUGCACCGACUCAUAUCUAAAGUCUGCAGUCAACAUGACAGUUUAAUGGUCUUCCCCUAGCGUCUCUUGUCAACAGUAAUGUUAUUUGCACCUACGUACCCAUAGAGUCUCCUUUCAACAUUUUAUGUUAAUGGUCUCCCCCUAGCGUCUCUCGUCCACAGCCUUUCCAUAACGUCUCCUGUCAAAAGUACAUCGUUAUAAUUGUCUUCCCCACAACGUCUCUCGUCAACAACCUUUCCAUAACGUCUCCUGUCAAUGGUACAUCGUUAUAAUCGUCUUUCCUACAGCGUCUCUCGUCAACAGCCUUUCCAUAACGUCUCCUGUCAACGGUAUCGUUAUUCCACAGUAUUUUCAUAGUGAUCCUCCCCCAUAUCGUCUCUCAUCUUGUGCUCGUUACCAAAAGUUUAACUUCAUUGUCAACAGGUUUUAUAACCUGUCAAAUAUUUUGUAUAUUUUUUUUAAUCAAAGAAUUUAUUCUAAUUAAAUAAAACGUUUUAUAUGCAGAUACCGUGUACUCUAAACACUAGAAUUUAAUUAAUGCUACUUUGCAAUAAUAAAGGUGAUUGAAACGCU